CUUCUCCAUUUGUGUUCAACUGAAACAGAAAGUCAUAGAGGUUUGAAGGACAUGAUGAGGGCGAGUAAAUGAUGAUAAUAUUUGCUUUUGUAUGUUUUCUCGGUGAUCUAUCGCUUUAAAUGGAUCUUUUCCCAGUGCUUAUGUAGUAUGUACUGCAGUGAUCCGCUCUUGCGGAGAAAAAUUCUGCAUCGGGAACUCCCUGAACGCGCUGCAACUUUCACCAAUAAACCGACGAAUCUGCCGCUUACGUUUGGAUUCUGAUCCAGAACGAGCGAAAGUUUGACGCAGAAUCAACAUGAGAGAGUUUGUGUCGAGCUGCUGCUUCGUCCUGCUGUGUAUUGGCUGCUCCUCACAGUUGUCCGUGUCGCCGAGGGAGGCGAACGAGUUUCUCCGUAGACACCGGAGGGCGAACCAGGUGUUCGAGGAGACCAAGCAGGGUCAUCUGGAGAGGGAGUGUGUGGAGGAGAGAUGCACUAAAGAGGAGGCGAGAGAAGUGUUUGAGAAUGACCCCGAGACGGAAUAUUUCUACCCAAAGUAUCAGGCAUGUAUGGAGAAGUUUGGAGACUCUGAGAAGAAGAAACAGGAUCUGAUCACCUGCGUCCACAACAUUCCAGACCAGUGUUCCCCGAACCCCUGCAAUCAUUACGGGACGGUGCGCUGUGAGGACAAAAAGGGCGAAUUCCAAUGUCAUUGUUUCAUGGGAUGGAGUGGCGUCAGGUGUGAGAAAGAUGUAGAUGAGUGCAGCAGAGGGAACGGCGGCUGUGAGCAUGACUGUAAUAACACCAUGGGCAGUUACCACUGCUCCUGUCGUCACGGAUACCGGCUGUCGGGUCACCACAAGUGUCUGGAUGUGGACGAGUGUGUGGAGACUCCAGAUGUGUGUGGAUCCGCGCACUGCUCAAACCUCAAUGGGAGCUACGACUGUCUGUGUGAGGAGGGAUUCGUCUAUGACAACAUCACCAAAAGCUGUGUAGAUGUGGACGAGUGUGAGUCGGAUGUGUGUGAGGAAGAGUGCGUGAACACGGCAGGAAGUUUCCGCUGCUACUGUGAUGGACGGCAGGGGAAGAGACUGGGACAAGAUCUCAGGAGCUGUGAGUCCAUCAACCUUUAUCGGCCGCUGGACAUGAAGAGGAACUCGCGCUCACUGUACCUCGGACGCAUGUUUAGUGGGAUUCCUGUGGUCCGGCUGCGCUUCCGCCGCAGGGUCCAGACCGGAUUCACGGCAGAGUUUGACCUUAGGACCUACGACCCCGAAGGUGUGAUCUUCUUUGCCGGCGGCCACUUGAACAGCUCCUGGAUUGUUCUGGUGAUGCAUCAUGGGAAGCUGGAGCUGCAGCUGAAAUACGGAGCCGUGAGUCGAGUGACCAGCAGUGGACCGCAGGUCAAUGACGGCCAGUGGCAUAAGAUCUCAGUUGAGGAACAGGGGCGGAGCCUCGUCAUCAAGAUUGACAGGGAGGCGGUGAUGAAGAUCGCAGUGAACGGAGAUCUGUUCACACUGAAUAAAGGCUUGCAUGAGCUCAACCUCACGGUGGGCGGCGUUCCCUUCAGAGACGACGGCCUGGUCAGCAGGGUUAACCCUCGACUGGACGGCUGUAUGAAGGACUGGCGCUGGCUAACCGGUGAGGACACGUCUAUUCAGGAAACCAUCCGGCACAAUGAGCGCAUGCAGUGUUACGCCAUCGAGGACCACAGCGCCUUCUACCCCGGGCUCGGAUUCGCCUACUUCAACCACAGCCAUGGGGACAAUCAGUCGCUCAGUGUGUAUGUGACCCUGCGUCCCGCCUCCUCUGUGGGUGUCCUGUUUGCUCUGGUUCGUCAGGACAGGGUCCCGUUCUCCGUCUCUCUGUCGGACUAUCAUCCAGGGACACUCGAGUGGACCGAGCAUGUGCUGGUGUCGUUCGGUGAUGUGGUGGUAGCCAGUGUCCCAGUGAACCUGUGUGACGCUCAAACACACACUGUAAACGUGACUGUGUUCGGGAACAGCUCCCUACUGCAGGUGGACGAGCAGCUCGCGCAGAUGGAGCUGGUGGAGAAUAUAGCCGCUCUGGAUCUGACAUCCUCGUACAGCACCUUUAUAGGAGGGAUUCCAGAUGUUUCUGUAGUGUCCACUCCAGUGUCAGCCUUCUACACGGGCUGCAUGGACGUGCGGGUCAACGGUCGGCUGCUGGACGUGGACGAGGCCCAACACAAACACAACGACAUCCGCUCUCACUCCUGCCCUCUGGUAGAUGCACAGCAAUAACAGCAGCUGAAACUCCAGCGAAGUGCUUUCCACUGCAGGAGGAGCUUUAAUCUGGAUCCAGUCAAUGGAUCCACAAAGGCCUUAAUAAAGCCAGAUCCCUCGCCACACUCACAUCAUGCACAUAUAGCACAGACCCGCGUAUCAAUGUAUUACUCACAUUAGACCAAUCAGACACAAGCUACUGAGAGUGUGCUGUAAAAUACUGUAACUGUACAUAUGCCACUGUAAAAUGCUUUAGAGGAGGAGGAAUAAAAACACCCAGCUACCAUUAAAGGCCUUCAGGCCUCAAUGUAGGUGCUCAACUUCAUCAUCGUCAUCAUCGAGUAGUUUGAGUUGGAGUUUUUCUAGUCCCUUGUUUGAGUUUGUCUUUUUUAAACUUGUUUUUAUUGUUGAAGUUGUUUUGUAUUUCGUUCAUGUUUGCUCUGUGUGUGAGACUGAAAUGCUUGAUGAAAACUAAUAAAGGCGGAUGGUGUUGUUAUGAUGAUGAAUUCUGUCCUUGAAGUCCACAGAUGUUCAGCGGCUCACAGAAGCAAAACCAACCUGAUGAGUAUUACUUCACACUGAUAUUUUGAGCUGCAAAGGCCAGAAGCGCACGACGCUAGUGCAAAACCACUUAAAUCACAAAAACAUUAAGGCAAGACACUACAAGCAAAACCAGUUGUUGUCUAGUUUGCAUCCAUAACACACCUUCUUUCAGACCAUA